UUCUGGAUCAGUAUAAAUUUAACUUCAACACUAUUAAGAGGUAGUGGCAUUAAUAAAAAUAAAAUGUUAUCGCUAUUGAGCACUUUACUGCUCAGCAUUGUCACCCUGCUAGCUGUGUACUUAUACAACAACUACACUUACUGGAAAAGACGUGGGGUAUGCUAUGAGACUCCUCUACCCCUGAUAGGCAAUUUUAAGGGAAUUGGUAAAACUCUGCAUUUUAAAGACAUCAAUCAACGUCUGUAUAGCCGCUUUAAAGGCCAAACACCAUUCUGUGGUUAUUAUUUGUUUCUUACCAAAGCUGCUUUGAUCUUAGAUUUGGAUUUAAUAAAACAUAUACUGAUAAAAGAUUUUGCCAAUUUCCACGAUCGUGCCAUAUUCAAUAAUGUCAAAGAUGAUCCCUUAACGGGACAUUUGUUGACUUUAGAGGGUGAACAAUGGCGGGCGAUGAGAACGAAAUUAACACCAGUUUUUACCUCUGCCAGAAUGAAGUAUAUGUUUCCCACGGUAGUGGAAGUGGGACAAAGUUUUGCAGAAGCUUUAAACAAGGCAGUUGAAGCUUCCUCCGCACAAGUGGUGGAAAUAAAAGAUUUAUGUGCCCGUUUUACCACUGAUGUUAUAGGUUCAUGUGCUUUUGGCAUAGAAUGCCAUAGUCUGCAAGAUCCUCAAGCAGAAUUUAGAAAAAAAGGUCGUUCAAUAUUUACCGAACCACGUCAUGGACCUUUAGUGCAAACGUUUAUGAUAACAAAUCCUAAAUUGGCACGAAAAUUGCAUAUGAAGCUGUUUACAGAUCACAUAACCGAUUUCUUUUUGAAUAUAGUGCGUCAAACUGUUAACUAUCGUUUGGAGAAUAAUAUUAAGCGUAAUGAUUUUAUGGAUUUGAUUAUUGAGUUAAAAGCUAAAAAUGAUGAAAUGGCCAAGGAUUCCAAAGGCAUUGACUUGUCGCAGGGCUUGACGGUAGAACAAAUGGCGGCCCAAACAUUUGUAUUCUUUUUGGCGGGAUUUGAAACUUCCUCUACCACCAUGUCAUUUUGUUUAUAUGAAUUGUCAAGAAAUCCCGAAAUACAAGAGAAAUUAAGAAAGGAAAUUUUGGAGACCUUAGAGGAAAAUAAAGGAGAAUUGAGUUAUGAGGGCAUGAAUGCCAUGCAGUACCUGGAACAGGUAAUACAAGAAACCUUGCGUUUAUAUCCUGUUAUACCCAAUUUGAUACGUCAGGCCGUUAGUGACUACCAGGUGCCAAAUUCAUCGUACGUAAUAGAAAAAGGCACUACCAUUUCAAUACCCGUAGCAGCUAUACACUAUGAUGCAGAUUAUUAUGAAAAUCCAGAAAAAUUCGAUCCCUCACGUUUUGAGCCUCAGGAAGUGGAGAAACGCCACCCUUGCGCUUACUUACCUUUUGGAGAUGGUCCACGUAAUUGUAUUGGCUCGCGUUUUGGUAAAAUGCAAACAAAAAUUGGUCUUAUUUCUUUAUUGCAACGUUAUCGUUUUGAGUGCUGCUCCCAAACUGAGAUACCCUUGGAAAUUGAUAAAAAGAAUUUCUUGAUAGGUGCCAAAAAUGGCAUACAACUUAAAGUGAUAAAGCUCGAAAAGUAUUCUAAACAGACGCACGAAAUGUUUUCAACAUUUGGUCAAAUAUUAUUUUGUCUAAUAAAUAUUUUAAUAUUCUAUCUAUUUAAUCGCUAUAGCUAUUGGAAAAGACGUGGUGUUUUAUAUGAGACUCCUAUACCGCCAUUUGGAAAUUAUCUGGGUGUAGGCACGAGCAAACAUGUCAAUGAUGUGAUUCAUAAACUAUACAGAAAAUUCAAAGGCAAAGCUGCUUUUUGUGGUGUUUAUAUGUAUCUAACAAAAGCCGCUAUCAUACUUGAUGUGGAUUUGGUUAAAAAUGUUUUAAUCAAAGACUUUGGCAAUUUUCAAGAUCAUAAUGGUUUUCAUAAUGUAGAAGAAGAUCCUUUAACGGGUAAUUUGGCAAAUUUGGAUGGCGAAGAAUGGCAUGCUAUGAGGUCAAAACUAUCAGCAGUAUUCACAUCUGCUAAAAUGAAGUACAUGUUGCCCACAAUGGUGGCAGUGGGCAGGAAUUUUACGGAAACUUUAAAAGCUGAGUUAGCUUGUACACAGGACCAGGUAUUGGAAAUAAAAGAUCUUUGCAACCGCUUUACCAUUGAUGUCAUAGGUACUUGUGCUUUUGGCAUAGAGUGCAAUAGUCUUAAAGAUCCCAAUGCCGAAUUUUCGGUUAAAGGACGUAAAAUAUUCACUGAGGCCAGACACAAUCUUCUAGUGCAAAUAUUUAUGGUGUGCUGUCCAGAAUUGGCGCGUCAAUUGAAUAUGAAACUCUUUACCGAUGACAUUAGCAAUUUCUUUAUAAAUAUUGUUAAGGAAACUGUAGACUAUCGUUUGACUAAUAAUAUCAAACGUAAUGAUUUCAUGGAUUUGUUAAUAGAGCUUAAAAGUAAAAAUGACAAUGAUCAAAUGAAAAAGAAAGCUCAACGCAUAGAUUUGUCUCAAGGUUUAACCAUUGAGCAAAUGGCAGCACAAACUUUUGUAUUCUUUUUGGGAGGCUUUGAAACUUCUUCGACCACCAUAUCAUUUUGUCUUUAUGAAUUGGCUCAACAUGGGGAUAUACAAGAAAAAUUAAGGCAAGAAAUUUGCACUACCAUUAAGGCCAGCAAUAAGGAGCUCACUUAUGAGGGCAUUAAUUCUAUGGUUUAUUUGGAACAGGUGAUAGCAGAAACCCUACGUUUGUAUCCCGUUCAGCCGAAUUUAGUACGCAGUGCUAAUAAGGAUUACCAAGUACCCAAUACGCAGUUGAUUAUAGAAAAAGGCACCAGCAUUAUAAUACCCAUCUCUGCCAUACAUACAGAUGCUGAAUAUUAUUCCGAACCCAUGAAAUUCGAUCCUAAUCGUUUUUUGCCAGAGGAAAUCGAAAAACGUCAUAAUGCUGCCUAUUUACCUUUUAGCAUUGGUCCCCGUAAUUGUAUUGGUGCUCGUUUUGGUAAAAUGCAAACAAAAUUAGGUUUAAUUUCCAUACUACGCCAAUAUCGUGUCGAAUGUUGUGAUCGUACCGAAAUACCCAUAAUAAUGGAUAAACAAAAUUUUUUGAUCUCCGCAAAAAAUGGCAUAUAUUUGAAAAUGUUUGAAGUGCGAUAAAUUUGGGGAAAUAAUAAAUAUUAUAAUGAUUGUUAU